AUGGCGAUGUUAGAUCUUCCACGUGAUUUGUUAGAGAAUAUAUUCUCUAGGUUGGACGAAGAGUUUCUAAGACAGUUCCGAUGCACUUGCAAACUGUUUAACGCUUUAUUCAAAGAUCGAGGAUUCUUACAACAACGCUUCCACAAAGCAGCAAGGGAAGUGCUCGUUAUGAUGAAUUCACGGCUUUUUAUAUUGGACGUUGAUAUCGACGGACGUCAAAGCUACACCGUUAUUAAAUUCAGCAGAUUACAAUACAAUGACCAAUACCGUAAUGACGUUGAUCGUGAUCAAUUCGAUAUAUCCAAUAUCUCUCACUGCGAUGGUUUAUUGUUGUUACAUACUACGUUCGACAACAUGCUUAUCGUUUGGAACCCGUGUUCGGGGCAAACCAUGCAUCUUUAUCCUAAUAACCAAUACACGGGUGGCAUCUUUGCCCUUGGAUACCAUAGCAAAUUGUGCGAUAGCUACAAAAUCUUGAGCAUUAAUGAAAAAAGUGAUUCCGUGGAGUUGGAGAUGUUUGAUUUAUAUUCUGAUUCAUGCUCAUGGAGGGCUCUUGAUGACGUCACUAUCGGUUGCAACAUACAGUCUCGUGGUGUAUCUCUAAGAGGGAAUGCUUAUUGGAUUGCUUCAGAAGUCAUCAAAGACUCUUUACUAUUGCUAAGUUUCGAUUUCACAACCGAGAGAUUUGAACGCAUGGAUCUUUGCUUUCAGCGUGUUGGUUAUGAGAUUUUAGCCUUAUCGGUUGUUAGUGAAGAGCAACUUUCGGUUUUGCAACAGAGUUUGGAGACGUCAAUGGUGGAGAUUUGGGUGACGGCCAAUGAUAAGAGUCUUGACCAGACCAAGAUCUUGUCAUGGAGCAAGUUGUUGGCAGUGGAUUUAUACACUUAUUAUUAUGACCAUAGGUUUACGUAUGAUGUAAGUUUCUUUAUCGACAAAGAGAGUAAAGUCGUCGUUUGUUGGGACAAAGAACAAGUAUAUAUUUUUGGAGAGGAUCAUCACUAUGGACAUAUCAAUGUCCUAGGAGGAUCUGGAUGCGAGCCUCUUUUUCCAGCAGUUAUGUUCCAAGGUUGGUUCAAAUUUAAACUGCCGGUAGUAACUAUAAGAAGUUAUUUCAAAUUCCGACGAUAG